AUUAAUGAACGGAAUCACUUCGGACACAAUCCAUUUCAUCUCGCAAUAGCCAAUCCUGCUUGCCUAGACAUCCUUACCCAGGUAGGAGACCAAGGGGGACUUAACGAAAGGGACCACAACGGAGUCUUGCCAGUGGAGGCAGCAGUUUGGUGGAGUAAUCAAAGCUGCAAGCUGAAACCCUUAGAUCCCAAACAAAGGGCGAACAGUCCAUACUCCCGUCGCAAAAAAUGCCACCGGUGCCACUGCGCCCAUAGUCUCGUGAUCCUUUUGAAGGCAGAUUGCGAGAUUCCCACAAACGAUCGUUGGUUUAGGUUCUUCCAGGAGCUGCUCAACCAUUGCUGCCAUCGGGGCAGACUGCGGUUUGUUCGUGCCAUCAAGAACCGGCGCGAGAGACUCAAGCAACUGGCGUUGUGCAACCUCCCAGAUACCGACGCUGAUAGGCUCGGGCUUCGACGAGAUACCGUCCUUGACUCUCAUGCAACGGAAGUGGCUUGUCUUUUAGAGGGCCGCGGUGUUCAUAUCCCAGCAGCACUCGCUAUUGCCCUUCCUACGGCGACUCGGAACGAUGAGGACUACUCUGCUCAUAUCUACCACCUUAUUUCAAACAUCAACGAUGCGCAGCUCUUCUUUCAGUGCGGCUUUCGGGAUACAAACAUCUGGGUGACGACGGAUCCCAGCAAGCGACCUGCUUUUGCGUUUUUGGAUCUUCCUUAUCUUCGCUGGCUUCAUAACCACGGGGCCGAUCCGCUCUUCAGAAUCCUGUCAUUCGAAGAUGGCAGAGCUUUCACCAGCACUCACUUUAUAUUUUGGAAAAUCGGUGAAACCAUAUAUGAAUCCCGGCCAGAAUUAGAUUUCCAAAGUUUGGAAUGGGCCCAACAACUGCAAUUCCCAGACAUUGCUGAUAACUGUCAAUGCAGAUGUGCAGCCGAGGGAUGUACUCCGCUAAUAUAUCUACUCAAAGGGCUGAGCCUCCCGAAUGGUGUUCGCCGUUCGUGUAUCCGCACGAGCGACGUUUUCCUAAAUAACAUGGCGAGCGUGACUGAUGAGCUGCUGAGGAUAUCCGGUGGCAAUUUUGGGCACCGGCACCUAAUGGCCUUGUUGAGAUUCGCAACACACGCCAUGCUGGAUCUCCCACACACUUGCUGCAAUCCACGCGAUCGAUACUACUCCGCGCCGUGCCGAUUCUCUGCGGAAGACGCUGAUGAAAUCUAUCAAGAGCAUGUGCCCGAGUUUCGACUGUUAGAGGACUUGUUGGUGGGUUGUGAGGAGGAUUUGAAAACGAUUUUAUCAAGUCCUCAAGGAAGGGAUGGUCUUGUAUCUUACGUGGGGACCACCUGGUCUGAACGGGUUAAAGAAGCACUCACACGCCUUGACGAUGAUAAAUUAUCAGAGGAAGAAAGAAAAGGGGCCGAGGAUAUCGGUGUUGUUUGGGGGGCCCCCCCACCUCGGAAACCGUACAGGGGUACCCCACCGCCACCAUACCUGGACGCCCUACGGCAAGCUGUGAUAAAACACAUGGAAACCGGAAUUCUGGAAUACGACUCGUGGGUGUCCAAGAUAGGCAUCUAG